AUGGAUGAGUCCAAGAGGACGUCGUUCGUGCCACUUCUCUGCCUCUUCUUCCUCCUCGUCGCCGCCGCGGCGCCAGGGUGUGCCGCGUACAACCCGCGCAUGCUGUUCCUGGUGAAGCCCGACCCGAUCGUGCUCCAGGACCACCACGGCACGCUGCUCACGGGGAACAUCACCGUCAAUAUCCUCUACUACGGCCGCUUCGCCCCUGCGCAGCGCGCCAUCGUCGCCGACUUCGUCCGCUCGGUCUCUGCGCCGGCGCCCCGUGCCGCCCAGGCCGGCCCGUCCGUGGCGUCCUGGUGGCGCGUCACCUCGCUGUACCGCGGCGGGGGCGCGCGCCUGAUUCUCGGCCGGCAGCUCCUCGACGAGCGCAUGUCGCUCGGUCGGUCCCUCUCGCUGCAGAACGUCACGGCGCUGGCGAAGGCCGCGGGGCACCACCGCGACGCCAUCACGGCCGUUCUCACGGCGCCCGACGUCCUCGUGGACCCCUUCUGCAUGUUCCGGUGCGGCGUCCACGACCACGCAAGCGCCGGCGCGCACGGCAGAGCGCGGUAUACCUACCUGUGGGCGGGCAACCCGGCCAAGCAGUGCCCGGGCCAGUGCGCGUGGCCGUUCGCGAGGCCCGUGUACGGGCCACCGAUGCCGCCGCUCGUGUCGCCGAGCGGCGACGUCGGCAUGGACGGCGUGGUGAUCAGCCUCGCCGCGCUGCUCGCCGGCACGGUGACCAACCCCUACGGGGACGGGUACUACCAGGGCGACUUGGGCAUGGAGGCCGCGACGGCGUGCACCGGCAUCUUCGGCAGCGGCGCUUACCCCGGCUACCCGGGGACGCUACUCAAGGAUCCUGCCACCGGCGCGAGCUACAACGCCGUCGGGCUGGGCGGGAGGAAGUACCUGCUCCCGGCGCUGUGGGACCCGACGACGUCCAAGUGCAGGACGCUUGUGUAG